CUCUGAGAUUUCAAUACAAAUAAACUUCAGUAGUUAACAACUUAUAGGUUAUCUCAGUUCAAAUUGCAAAUGUUGUGACGCCAGAUAAAUCACUUUAAUUCUAAGAAGAUUUAUUUGUAAAUAGCCACACAAAUAGAUUAAAUCAAUAUAUUUUUACAACUACUAACUAACGAGGAAAAGCUGACUAUAAACGAUGAAAAGGAACGGAAGAAUGUAACUAGCAGGAGCUAUAUAAUUUUAGUUAUAAGCCGUGCUAAUUCUCUGAAGUAGUGCGAUGCGUUACGAUACGAAGCGAUACGAUACGAAGCGAUACGAUACGAAGCGAUACAAUACGAAGCGAUACGAUACGGUAUGAUGGGGUGCGACUAAACAACAAAGUACCUUUUUCCAUUUAGGUACAUAAUUACGUAAUACAUACCACGUCAUACCUUUAGAAGUAAGACAUAGAAGUGAGAAAAAAACUAUAGCAAAGAUAUGAAAAUACAGUUGUUUUCUUCAUAUAAAGUAGGUGUGUAAAUGCAAUGUUAAAUAUUCAUAAUCGUAAAGUUUCAUACUUGGUGUUUUUUGACUAAAUGUCAAAAAACAACAAAAAGCAGGCGAAGUCGCGAUUAUAUAGCUAUAAUCGCGACUUCGCAUGCUUUUUGUUGUUGUCCUAUAUAAAUAUAAUAACAAUUCUUAGUAACAAAUGUUAUUAUCACUUUCGACGAAUUGUUUAUCGCAAUAUUGAUUCCUUUAUGAAUUUGAACCCGGUAACCUCAUUACGAAAGACGCGUUUACAUUAGUUCCGAAUUAUACCGUAUUUUAAAAAUAUACCUGCUCGAUUUUUUUGUAGCUCGAUGCAUAAUGCCUUGUCAAUGGCCUUUCUGACCCGUGGAAAACCAAAGUGGUUCUCCUAGGUGUUCCGCUAUUCAAAAUCUUGGACCCGUAGUUCACUUAUUUCGUAAACUACUAGUAAUUUCUGUUAUAUAGUGCCCAGGGUUCACAUAACGUAAGAAAUCGCCGGAAUGGAACUAAAUGAUUUCCAAAAUUUCAGAUCCAUCGGUCGAACAUUUCUGCCUCCAAAUUGGAGUUACAAAAAUCUACCCGACAAACAUAUUUAUUUAUUUACCAUACGAUAUUACAAACUAGUUUUAGCCCGCGGGAUUUUCCACAAGAUCAGUUAUUUUUCCGGGAUGAAAGGUGUCCUUCUACGUACAUCAAACUAUAUGUCUGCAAAAUAUCAAGAAGAUUUGUUGAGUAGAUAGAAUAUGAAGAGGUAACAAUCAAACUUAACUAAAAGCGAGUAAAAUGAGGAAUUCUUAUAAAUCUUGGCCACCAAAUUCCAAUGCAAAUAACGUUCCAUAUUUCUAAAAAUAGUUAAGGAUGUGCAUAUUAAAAGACAAUAUAGAUGAUUUACGCGACAGUAUAAUACCGCUUUAGAAGGGGUCCGUUUAUUGAAUAAUUGCCGCGUGGGUCCACUCGAGAUCUUACGUUCGUGUAGCUUGCUUGUUCUAACAUGCAGCUGUUUAUAUUAUGUUUGGUAUUUGUUGGCGCUCUCUCAGCUGAGUUCACCCUGCCUGGGGAAUGUCCCGAUGUUAAAUUACAGGAGAACCUGGACUAUACAAAGUUUUCGGGCAUCUGGUAUAACGCAGCCAGCUUCGCGAGCGAUGGCCGCGCCAUCUACGACUGCGCUACCCUGGAGUUUAAGGAGGACAACAUGGGCUACACCCUGAGGGAGACCUUCGUCACUACUGAUGGAAACAGGACCCAGAAGUCAUACCUCGCUAGAGUUGACCCUACUUUCGAUGCGGGGAACAAAGCGCAGUUUAUUGUUAGUCAUGAAGAUGGAGACAAAGUCCUGCAAUUCCCUUUCUACAUUCUAUCAACGGACAACGAUAACUAUGCAAUCGCAUAUACCUGCAAAUCUUUAAAGAAAAAAGCGAGAAUGCACUAUGUAUUCACCUGGAUCUUAUCUCGAAGCAAGGAUACUCUUCAUGGCGACACUUUGAAGAAGAUGGAGAACGCGCUGUCCAAAUACACGGAAUUGGCUGCGCACCGCAACGCUUUCGUUUUUAAAGAUUUCACCGAAGAAAGCUGCUCGUACACAGACCAGUAUGGAGUAGAUUUCUUCACCACUAACUUCUGGUAGUUUGUAGAUUCUAUGUUGUUAUAUAUCUGUGAUUUAAAAAUUGUCUUCGGAGUUUGA